AGCUAAAGGCUUAAACAAACACAACUAUGGCGUAUCUAUGCUCCUCACCUUCUACUCUAUUACGUGACCCUCACUUUCUCUCUGUUUCACCCAAGCCUAAAUCUUUAAGAACCUCACCUCUUUCUCUUAGGCUUGUUCCCUUGGCGUUUCAAUCAAAAUCCUCUAUCCAAGCUACCCAUGUUUCCUUGCAGGACCCCAUAGCUCAAGAAUCCCAAAACCCCCGGUAUCCAAAUGGAAAAACCGCUUCUUCGAAAAGCAAUGUGUGGGUCAAUCCUCGAAGUCCCAAAGCUUCACGUCUCAGGCAAUUGACUUACAAUUCCAGGUACACUUCUCUGCUCAAGGCAGCUGAGUCUUUGGAUGCUUGCAAUGCCAAUGAAAAAGAUGUUUUAGCUGUUCUGACUAGUUUAGGUGACGAUAUUUCUGAGCAAGAUGCUGUGGUUGUUCUCAAUGACAUGUCGAACCCUCAAAUUGCUUCGCUUGUUCUCGGCCACUUUCGAAGGAUAUUAACGAAAACAACUCGAGAGGUCAUUCUUUAUAAUGUCACCAUUAAGGUUUUUAGGAAGUCUAAGGAUUUGAAUGGUGCUGAGAAGCUGUUUGAUGAAAUGCUUCAGAGAGGGGUUAAGCCCGACAACAUUACCUUUUCCACGCUGAUUAGUUGUUCUAGGGUCUGUGGUUUGCCCAAUAAGGCUGUUGAGUGGUUUGAGAAAAUGCCUACAUAUGAGUGUAAUCCUGAUGAGGUCACUUACUCGGCCAUGAUUGAUGCCUAUGGCCGUGCUGGGAAUGUUGAUAUGGCUUUCACCUUGUAUGACCGUGCUAGAACGGAAAAAUGGAGGAUCGAUUCUGUUACUUUUUCAACUUUGAUUAAGAUACACGGGAUGUCUGGAAAUUAUGACGGCUGUUUAAAUGUUUAUGAGGAGAUGAAGGUCUUAGGUGCUAAACCUAAUACGGUUAUAUAUAAUACUUUGUUGGAUGCCAUGGGGAGAGCCAAGAGGCCUUGGCAGGCCAAGUCUAUUUACAAAGAGAUGAUUUCUAAUGGAUUUUCACCGAAUUGGGCAACCUAUGCUUCACUCUUACGUGCUUACGGAAGAGCUCGGUAUGGUGAGGAUGCUCUUAGUGUAUAUAAAGAGAUGAAAGACAAGGGGUUGGAGUUGACUGUUGUUCUUUACAAUACCCUUUUGGCCAUGUGUGCUGAUGUUGGCUUGGCAGAUGAAGCUGCUGAAAUUUUCGAAGACAUGAAAAAUUCCUGGACUUGCAAGCCUGACAGUUGGACAUUUUCAUCAAUGAUCACCAUAUAUUCUUGCAGUGGGAAAGUUUCAGAGGUGGAGGGGAUUUUGAAUGAUAUGUUGGAAGCCGGUUUUGAACCCAACAUUUUUGUUUUGACAUCACUUAUUCAAUGCUAUGGGAAAGCCCAAUGUGUCGAUGACGUUGUGAGGACGUUUAAUCAAGUUUAUGAAUUGGGGAUAGCUCCCGAUGAUCGGUUUUGUGGUUGUCUUCUGAAUGUGAUGACACAUACACCACGAGAAGAACUUGCUAAGCUGAAUGAUUGCAUUGGGAAGGCUAAUCCAAAACUAGGUGGUGUGGUGAAACUUUUGGUAGGGGAGCAAAACGACGAAGGGGAUUUUAAGAAUGAAGCAUCAGAACUUUUUAAUUGUAUCAGUUCGGAUGUAAAGAAAGCCUACUGUAACUGUUUGAUUGAUCUCUGUGUCAACUUAGAUCUGUUGGAAAGAGCUUGUGAGCUGCUAGAGCUGGGGCUUUCUCUAGAGAUUUAUGCUGGUAUACAAUCUAGGUCUCCAACUCAGUGGUCCUUGAAUCUUAAGUCUCUCUCUCUUGGGGCAGCUUUAACUGCACUGCAUGUUUGGAUUAAUGAUUUGGCAAAAGCACCGGAGUUGGGAGAGGAGCUUCCCCCAUUGCUCGGGAUCAAUACUGGACAUGGGAAACAUAAAUACUCGGAGAAAGGCUUGGCAACUGUCAUCGAGUCACAUUUGAAGGAACUAGAUGCUCCAUUCCAUGAAGCCCCAGACAAGGCUGGCUGGUUUUUGACGACAAAAGUUGCUGCCGAGUCAUGGUUGGAGUCGAGACGUACACCUGACUUGGUGGUUGCUUAGGUAGUGUGCUCAUGAAGAAACGUUCAUCAUAGGCCAGUUCUUCCGUCUUUGCAUCCAUAAUUAAUGUCUAGAAAUAUUCUCUCAAAACUCUCUUUCCUAUAUUUAGCAUUCCCUAUUUUAAUUGGUGGAAAAAUUUUGUAGCAUGGGACG